AUGGAUUACGACGCGUAUGAUGCAUUGCUUCAUUACAUCUUCAAGCAGACCCAAGGAGAUGCGUGGUUCAAGCCCACGGAGGAGAACCUGCACGUCGGUGUAUGUCUGCGUGUAGAUAAUGGUCUAUUCCGUAUCUUCCCUUAUGAGAACAGCUACCUGGAGCCAUUCGAGAUGGCCGUGAGAGCCCUUAAUCCUGUCGUCGCGAUCAAGACACGAAGCGCUGCUGUUCACGCGGCACUUGCUACAGUCACGGAGGACGAUACGGCUAUCUAUAUUGAUCGCGACACCCGUAUACAGAUCGUCGAGACAAUGCUACUUUUACCUCGUGCGGACCGAGAACAAUGUGCUGCUUUCAUCCGUGACGAACGUGUUCUUGUUGUCUGGUCGUACAACCUUGAUACCUUUGUUCCAACUUGUAUUGACUUCCAGGACAAACUCGUUCAGCUUGUGUGGAAGCAACGGGCAUCAAUUCCCUCUCUAACGAACUCCGUUGUAGCUUCGACCAGCGCCUCCUAUGACAAUCUCACCGAGAAGGUUGAAACUGCCAUCAACGAGAAGGAGGUCGUUGCGAUCGCCAAGGAGAAGGAAACGACGCAGAAGCCGCGGACUUGCGCAAUUAACAUCUUCCGGUAUUGGGUUUCUGACAAGGACGAUGUGGAGAAACGUGCGGAAGGACCAUCAUAUAGGCCUACACGACUCUUUGGGCCUGUCUAUGCUGGCUUUGCCGCUGCUUUGUCUAUCUUUUUUGUUGCUAGCGGUAUCACUGUUCUUCUCCAGGAGAUGGUCUUAGAUGGCUCCUACACUCGAUUCGCUCUCCUUGCCACCGCACCGUUCCUCUUUUCCGUCUCGUUGUUCUUCUCGUUGCAGAUCGUCACGAAUCUGUCGUACAUCUUUGGUCCAGUCUCACAAUUCCACGAGAACUCCAAAUAUUAUUCUGCCGUCCCUCCUGGGCCUAACAAGGUUGUUGACGGCAACUUGCCGCACAUCACGAUCGAGCUGCCAGUUUACAAAGAGAGUCUAAAGGAAACGAUAGGGCCUUCGGUGUAUUCGAUCAAGAAAGCGAUGCAGACCUACGCUCGCCAAGGAGGCACCUCGUCCAUUUUCGUCCACGACGAUGGUCUUCAGCUCAUUUCUGAGGAAGAGCGCAAGGAGCGCGUCGCUUUCUACGCGGACUACAACAUCGGCUGGGUUGCGCGUCCGCCACACAGCAACGAUCCCGAUGGCUUCAAACGUCCUGGGCGUUUCAAGAAGGCGUCGAACAUGAACUACGGUUUGGCGCUUUCGCUAAAACUCGAGAAGCAUCUGCUUGCGCUUGAAGCAGAUGCAGCAGCGCGCGGUCUAGACGCUAGCCAAGUCGAAGGAGAGUGUCUCGAGGAUAAGGCCAUGAACCUGGCUGUUGAAGAGAUUUAUGAGGAGAGCGGCAAGCGGUGGCGCCCGUGGGCAUACAACGGCAAGUCUCUUCGGGUUGGCGAGAUCAUCCUUAUCAUCGACUCCGACACCAUUGUCCCUGAGGACUGUUUCCGCGAUGCUGCUCGUGAGCUUUCGGAGUGCCCCGAGGUCGCCAUCAUCCAGCAUGAGUCAGACGUCAUGCAGGUUGCUCACCAUUACUUUGAGAACGGUAUCGCGCACUUCACGCGUCGCAUUAACAAGUGUAUCUCCAUGGGCUGUGCGAACGGUGAGGUGGCUCCUUUCGUUGGACACAAUGCCUUUCUCCGCUGGUCUGCUCUGCAGGAUGCCGCAUUCAUUGAUCCCGCUGAUGGCUUGAAGAAGAUUUGGUCCGAGGUCAAUGUCUCUGAGGACUUUGACAUGGCCCUGCGGUUGCAACUCAAGGGAUAUAUCAUCCGCUGGGCGACCUAUUCGAAAGGUGGCUUCAAGGAAGGUGUUUCCCUCACUUGCGACGACGAAUUGAACAGAUGGCAGAAGUACUCGUAUGGUUGUAACGAACUUAUCUUCAACCCGUUCAUUGAGUGGUGGCGCAAGGGCCCUGUAACGAAGCAGCUGCAUACCUUCAUUUGGUCUCAAGCUCCCGUCCACUACAAAAUAACCAUGAUGGCAUACAUGUUCUCGUACUAUGGUAUUGCAUCCGCUAUCAUACUUUCCACAAUGAACUAUCUCUUGUUGGGUUGGGAUAUUACCAUUGAUGGUUACUAUGAGCAUAGUUUUGAAAUCUGGCUCGCCUGCACUGUCGUGUUCCCCGGUGCAGGUAACGUGGGCUUUACAUUGCUCGAGUAUCGUCUGGGGAUUCGCAGUUUGUUCGAUGCUCUGCUCGAGAACCUGACCUGGAUUCCCUUCUUCUUUUUCUUUUUCAGCGGUCUCAGCAUUCACCUAACGCAGGCAGUGCUCGCGCAUCUGUUCUCAUACAAUAUCACAUGGGGUGCGACAAAGAAGGAGGUGGAGCGGUCGAAUUUCUGGCUCGAAGUUCCCAAGAUUCUCAAGCGUUUCUGGCUGGCAUUGGUGGUCUGUAUCGCGAUCUGCGCGGCCAUGAUCAUCUUGUCGACCAGCCUUAUUCCCGAGGGAUGGCAGAUCUACAGUUGGAACUGGGCUGUAAUAUUCCCCCUGGCUAUCAAUGCUGGUUGUCAUAUCCUUUUUCCCAUUGUGCUCAAUCCGUGGCUUAUGAUCUUCUCAUAUUGA